CUAAAUCUGCAACUCCGCUCCAUUAUCAAUCUGUCAAUCACACCUUUACAGACAUUUACUUUGCUAUUGCUUCAAACCUUCAAAACAGUUUAACUUUGGAUCAGCAAAGCUUAAAACAUAUUUUAAAACAAUGUUUUAUUUUAUUCAUAUUAUUUUGUGUCAUCAGUCGGUCAAAAUGUGGGACCUCCUUCGCAUUACUAUGGCCUAUGUCAUUUCCCUAAGGACUAUAAGAUCCCUAUAAAGACCUCUGAUGCAUUCUAUUAUCUGAAAUACCAGAGCAAGGUAUAUUUGUCAUAUGAUAGUUUUAUUAGGUGUAUGGAGCCACUAGUUGCACUGCUGCAUAUGGUGAUAGCCAUCAUGACUUUUUCUAAAGCUAAUGAAACUACCUGUACACUACAAGGAGAGCCAGUACUCCCUGAAUUAUGGAAAGAUGGGGACAUCAUAGUUGGAGGUGUUUUCUCUUUCCAUAGCAGCUGGGAAGUCAGGCAGCUGACAUACACCUUUGUGCCACCUCCACUAAAAUGCAUCAGUCUUAAUUUCAGAGACUUCCAGUAUGCACAAUCAAUGCUUUUUGCCAUAGAGGAAAUUAAUAACAGUUCCACUUUGCUACCCGGGGUCUCAUUAGGCUACAAGAUCUAUGACACAUGUGGCUCAGUGGCAGUUGGGGUUCGAGCCGCUAUGGCCCUUGCAAAUGGGCAUGAGAAAAUAUCUGUUGAAGGGCCCUGCACAAAGCAUGCUGAAGUUCAAGCCAUUUUAGGGGACACAACUUCAUCAGCUUGCAUGGCAAUAACAAAGAGUAUCGGGCCAUUCAAGCUUCCAUUGAUCAGUCACUAUGCCACCUGUGAGUGUCUUAGUGACAAGGUGAAGUAUCCUUCAUUUCUUCGAACUAUUGCAAGUGACCACUACCAGAGCAGAGCACUGGCAGAACUGGUUAGACACUUUGGCUGGACCUGGGUUGGAGCCUUAAGAACAGAUGAUGAUUAUGGCAACAGUGGGAUGGCAACUUUUACUAAGGUGGCUGAACAGAUGGGAAUCUGUUUGGAAUAUUCUCUCCCAUUUUUCAGAACAUAUACUGAAGAUAAAGUAAUGAGGAUAAUUGAACAGAUUAAAAGCUCUACUUCACGAGUUAUUGUAGGAUUUCUUGCUCACUGGGACUUGGAGGUGCUGCUGCAUAAAUUUGUUGAAUAUAAUAUUACUGGAUACCAGUGGGUAGGCACUGAAGCCUGGAUCUCUGAUUCAGUCAUUGCCAGCAUGGAUACACAUCACAUUUUACAAGGAGCUGUUGGUCUGGCUAUACCCAAAACAAAAGUGACAGGUCUACAAGAAUUCAUUUUAAAUAUAACACCACUAAAGUCUUCUGGUGGUGCAAUUUUUUCUGAGUUCUGGGAAGCCCUGUUUCAGUGUAAAUAUUCCAACAAGGAUACUUCAGUUUCCAUAAAUGCAUGUACAGGCAAGGAAGAGUUGUCACAAGUAGAAAACCUAUUCACAGAUAUGUCGCUCAUGCCUAUUUUCAGUAAUGUGUACAAAGGAGUGUAUGCUGUUGCUCAUGCACUUCAUGAACUUCUAGGCUGCAAAGACAAAUGUGCCUUAAAGAAACAGCCUGAUCCUGUAACUGUGGUUUCUGAAGCACAUUAGAAAGGUACAUUUCAAAACCAAAGAUGGUGAGGAGGUUUACUUUGAUGAGAAUGGCGAUCCAGUGGCAAAAUAUGAUAUCAUUAACUGGCA